AUGGCUGUUGCCAUGCCUGCACCUGUUAUCCAGAGAGCCGUCGCCACGACCACACCUGUCUUCAACAUACCUACACCUGAUCUCAAGAUGGCUACCGCACACGAGCCUGUACACAAAAUGUCCGCCGUACCUCAGUCACUUCACAAGAUGGCUGCCUCACCAGUCUCUCCUGUUCAUGCCAAGACCCAACAGUUGAUGUCAAGUCUGCUAGAUACCCAGAUGAUGUCUGUACGGGUGGCUAAGAUUCCAAGUCCUGUUAUGUCCAGUUCUAUGGUCCCUAUGGCUACAGAGCCCCUGAAACUGAAUCAUCCAAGUCAUUUGAUAGACCUCCUGUCACGGCUAGAAGGUCCGAACCUGUGUCUCCUGCACUUGCAAUCACGACUAGAAGGUCUGAACCUGAGCCUUAUACAAGAUCUGUCACUACUGAAUGACCUGAAUCACCUUGCUAACCUGAAUCGCCUGGCUUACCUGAAUCGCCUAGUUCACCUGAGUCGCCUGGUUUACCUGAUUCAUCCGAGUCCACUGCACUUUUUGUUAUGGCGACAUUGCUCUCAUCACCAAUCUGUGACCUUGAUGGAGGGUGAGAGAGUUAUCCUGACCACUGACAUCCUGAUGGCCACAGACAGUGGAAGUCCAUCAGAUGAGCUCAUAUAUACUGUAUCUACUCCACCUGAACAUGGACACCUGCACAAUGGUCCAAACUCCGGGGGUUCCCGUGUUCACCUUCACCCAAAUGGAUGUGGCUGCCAACCGGUGUGCUACACUCAUGACAACAGCCGCUUUGCUGAUCGUGAUUCUUUCAGCUUUGCCAUUACCAACGGUGUGACCUCCAGAACUGGCAGCAUUUAUUUUACCGUGGAGCACAGUGACCGUAUCCCACCCACACUGAACAUAAACAAAGGCCUUCAGCUCACCGAGGGCACAGUCAAGAUCAUUUCCAAUGAACACUUAAAACUGACCGAUCCGGACACAGCUCUGGACAACCUCACCUAUGUUGUUAUUCAAGGCCCGCAGUAUGGGAAGUUACUCUUGAAGGGAUUUCCCCUUUCUAAGCCUCGAUUUACACAAGUGGACAUCAAUAGCAUGGAUAUAACUUACCACCAUCUGAACGGGCGAGCUAAGAUUGACAGGUUCACCUUUCAACCCACUGAUGGUACUAACACAGGUUAUUUGGAGUAUGGACAGCUGAAGACUGAACCUGCUGUGUUCACUAUACAGAUAGAGAUACUGGACAAGACACCUCCCAAUAUUGUACACAGGGGGGUUCCAAGUACUGUUGAGAGUAUUCAAGAUGGCAAACAGUGCAUCUACAUCACCACCAAAGAACUGCAAGCCACCGAUCCAGACAGUCCAGACGACGCGCUUGAGUUCACAAUAAUAAGACCUCCACAUUUCGGAUACUUCGAGAAUGCCCUCACAGGUGCCUACAUUAAAGGGCGCUUCACCCAGAAGGAUGUGAACCAGAAGGCAGUGCGCUAUGUCAUACCUGUAGAUAUAGAAGUGACAGCGGACAGCUUUGAGUUUCAAGUCACAGACCCUGCAGGAAACACUAUGCUUCCUGAAGUGUUGGAAUUCAGGUGGUCCCGUGUGGAGCUGUCUGCUUCCUGUUAUCGUGUUUGUGAAAACGCAGGAACGCUAGGUGUGCAGGUGGUACGCAGUGGGAACAGCAUAGAUCCAGCGUACGUCGGCAUACAGGUGGAAGAGGGCACUGCCAAAGUUGGGAAAGAUUUCACUCACAGUUCUGCCAGUCUUGUACAGUUUGAUCCAGGUGUGUAUGUCAAAAUAUGGAACAUUCAUCUGAAAGAUGACGGUUUAGAGGAGAACCACGAGAAGUUUGAGGUGGUUUUGAAGACUCCAAAAAAUGCAGUUUUGGGACAGAGGAACAAGGCCACGGUUGAGAUUGUGGAUCCUAGAAAUGAUCGGGAAGCUGUGGAGGGGCUGCUGCCCGGCCUUCGCAGAUCCAACGUGCGGUAG